GGCUUUCGGGGGCUCACGCUGAAGGAUCGCGGGGCACUCGUGAGACCUGCCGCCUGGUCUGUGCGUCAGGCCGCCCUGGCUUCUAGUAAUUGGGAGAGUACAAAGCAUCCCUUGUUGAUCCUUUGAUCCUAGGUGGGCGAUGCCCUGGAUUCCUACCUGCCUACUGAAACUCUGGCGCGGCGCCUUUCCAAGGGCGGCCGCUACUUCCUGGUUGGUUUGCCCUUAACUGACAUGGCGGCUAGUUGCCUUCGGCCGCAGCACUGCGGCUGCUCAGUAAGCCAAGCUCGGGCCCUCUGGUGUACAGCCCGUCCCCGCCGCGGAGGUGCCGGUGGAGCCUGGGACCGGGCGAGUCUCCGCCCCGCUUUUGCAGCUAGGGGUGUGUUUCAGGGGGGAUUGGGGCAAGCCAAGCAGGCGAGGACCCGGGCCUGUGCCGCUUUGCCUACCCCUCAUCCCUCGGCACCAAGGCUACUUGAGCCCCAGGGUGUUUUUUCCUUGUUCCCGCCACCUCUUGGUCCCUGGCCCAACAUGAUACUGACCAAAGCUCAGUACGACGAGAUAGCCCAGUGCCUAGUGUCUGUGCCGCCUACCAGGCAGAGCCUGAGGAAGCUGAAGCAGAGGUUUCCCAGUCAAUCGCAGGCCACUCUGCUGAGCAUCUUCUCCCAGGAGUACCAGAAACACAUUAAAAGAACACAUGCCAAACAUCAUACUUCAGAAGCAAUUGAAAGUUACUACCAGAGGUACCUGAAUGGAGUGGUGAAAAAUGGAGCUGCCCCAGUGCUCCUGGACCUGGCCAAUGAGGUGGACUAUGCGCCCUCGUUAAUGGCUCGGCUUAUACUGGAGAGGUUUCUACAGGAACACGAGGAAACUCCACCCUCCAAGUCUGUUAUAAAUAGUAUGCUACGGGACCCUUCUCAGAUUCCAGAUGGAGUUCUAGCAAAUCAGGUCUAUCAGUGCAUUGUGAACGACUGCUGUUAUGGACCACUAGUGGACUGCAUCAAGCAUGCCAUUGGUCAUGAGCAUGAGGUCCUGCUGAGAGACUUGCUUCUAGAGAAAAACCUGUCCUUCCUAGAUGAAGAUCAGCUUCGUGCAAAGGGUUAUGACAAAACACCAGACUUCAUUUUACAAGUACCAGUUGUAAUGCUUUGUCCCUUAGCUGUAGAAGGGCACAUAAUUCACUGGAUUGAAAGCAAAGCCUCAUUUGGUGAUGAAUGUAGCCACCAUGCCUACCUGCAUGACCAGUUCUGGAGCUACUGGAAUAGCACUAUUCACAAUAGCAAAGACGUGGAAUCAACCCAAAUGUCCAUCAAUGAUACAGUGAAUAAAGAAAAUGUGGUACAUAUACACCAUGGAAUACUAUGCAGCCAUAAAAAGGAACAAGAUCAUGUCCUUCGCAGGGUCAUGGAUGGAGCUGGAAGCCAUUAUGCUCAGCAAACUAACGCAGGAACAGAAAACCAAACACUGCAUGUUGUCACUUGUAAGUGGCUGCUGAACAAUGAAAACACAUAGACACAUGGGUGGGGGAACAACACACACUGGAGCCUGUUGGGGGUGCAGGGGAGGGAGAGCAUCAGGAAGAAUAGCUAAUGGAUGCUGGGCUUAAUACUGAGGUGAUUGGUCGAUAGGUGCAGCAAACCACCAUGGCACACGUUUACCUAUGUAACAAACCUGCACAUCCUGUACAUGUACCCCAGAACUCGAAAUAAAAGUUGAUGAAUAAAAAUGAUUUACCUUCAUUUAAAUAGCUUAGAUUCUGUUGCCUAUAAAUAUAGGGCACUAAAUUUUUAUUUAUGCAGGAUAACUGUCCUGGUUAUGCCAAAGAUAUAUUAAAUACAAUGUUUAAUUGAUGACUCAAAACAUACCUUAAGUUUAUCUUUCUAGAACUUUGUAUUUCAGAAGAUAAAGUAGAUGAGGCUGCAUCUGUCUGCACUGACUUUCUCCUCCCAAUGACAAAGAACGCUAUCUGUUUUGAAGUGACUUUUAAUUUGUUGAAUAUUGGUGGUGAGUGGAAAAUGAAUGUAAAUGAAAUAUCAUAUUGCUGGAGCAGGUACAAGGGAUGUGAAUGAAAGCUUCCUGUUUUAUGGGCUGCUGAGAGGUGAUAGCUCUUAAAAAGCAGUCUGCUAAGUGAUCCCAAGUUAAUGCAAAUUAACAGUUGUUUUCUUUCAGAACUGUGUGACUGAAUAAACAUUUACCAUUUGUUUCAUUUCUACUCAUCUCUUGAAACAGUUGCUACAGGUCUUAAUAGUAAGACUCGAAACAUAUAAUGUAUUAGCCUUGGCACAUCAAAAUAUUGUUCAUCUUCCAAACUUGAGAUAUUCCAGUUUGGCUUCUCACUGAGUUUAUAAUGUUCUGAGGGUAUGUAUCUAAAAACGCAUCUUACUAAUCUCCUGGAAUUGAUUUUUUUAAAAAAGUCCCUGUAACUUGUCACUAUUCCCAGCUUAAACAUGGUCUGUCAAUUGUGAGAUUGAUGGGCAUUGUGGUACAUUUCAAUCUUAGGAGGGGCCUGAAUAAGAAAUUUAAACUAUUAAAUAGUAUUUUGGAAGAGAGACGUAUGAUAUUUGUGCAAAAUAAUAAUGAGGUUAAAAAUGGAAUUUCAGCCUUAGCUGAAAGAGCAAUGCCUCCUGCUUUUUUGUGCAAGCCUUUCGCAUGAUUCAAUGUGAUCACCUUUUCUCAUAGCACCACUGCGGCAACUGUGAGGGGUAAAGAAUUUCAGCAAUUGAACAACAGUAUCAAAUAAAUUCAUUUUAGGAACUCUCCUAAAGGUUUAUUCCAAUCGUUAACAUUCCUGGAGCUGGUGGUGUCUGCCAAGUGCUCAGCGCUAGUUCACAGGCAGCAAAUUUAGCAUGACAAAGUUGCUCCCAUUUUGCAAAUGGGAAACCUGGAGCCCGAAACGGAGCCUCUCACAGUAAACUGCAGAAUGGAGAUGAGAUCCUAGAGAUACAGUAUAAGGGAUUAUCUGGGAUCAUGUAGAUGGUUUGCAGUUGCCUUUGUAUGGCUACCGGGUUAGAUCAUUCUUGGCAAGUUUGGUGAAUUAGUAUCCUAUUCCUGAGUCCCAUUUCAAUACCUAGCUUGGAACUCUUCCACUCCCUGAAAACUUCCAUUGAAAUUUUUAUCAAUGGUAUUUGCAUAGACAAAAUGGAAUGAAACUAUUGACAUGUACUUUUUUAUUAAAAAAAAAAAAAAGCAAAUUUAUGUGAAUGGUUUGUCAGUGGAGAUAAUUUAGCCAAAGGCACCUGUCUUCUCUAAGGACUCUGCCUGAAAAGACUUUUAGGGGGCGCUUGGUGAAUUUUUUGUCUUUAAAAUAAAGCUGUUUUUGAGGUAUAAGAGAAGCUUGGUUUUUGAAAUGGCACAAUGAAUAACAAAAGCCCCUUUUCACCCCCCAAAAAAGGACUAAAAAGAACAUUUGUUAGACUCUUGGGGAAGAAUUGUGCUGUUAACAUAAAAGUCUAGAUACAAGAAAAGGGAAAAUUGGAAGAAGAGGAGGAGCAGGUAAUACUGGAGAAAUGCUGGACCCUGAAAGCAACUUGUUUUGCAAAGAUGAUUACACUCAAGUUUGGGUUCAAAAUGUAAGAAAGCAUGCUUAUAGUGAAUAAAACAGCUAGAAGAUAAAACUUAGCAGAAUAUCCUGCCGUUUUGUACAGACUUAUGCAUGGGUAUGCAUGUGUUUCUCUCUCCAUUCCUUCCUCUUCUCCCACAGUGGCCCUCUAAGUAUAUUCUGGCAGACAAGUGGCCAAUAACCAGUCUUCAUAAUGGAGGUCAGGUGAUUUGUAUUUCUGGAUUUUUAGAAUAGACAGGGCUUAUCAUUGAUUUGAAGAUGGAAAGUACACUAUUUCACUACCCCCUGUCAUUUAGUGGAUGUGGUUCUUGAGUAUGUCCAGAAUUAUAUGGCUGUUAAUGUGUCUUGAGCCCUGACCUAAACUGUAGAUGAGAAGGCUCUUUAAAUAUUAAAAUGGAGAACAAACAGGGUUGCUUAUGCAGUAGGAAAGUGCACAGUAUUCAGAAGUCAGGCCUAAUCUUUUUAUGGGGCAGCUAUUGGGCAUGCUACAUUUCUGUCCAAAAUAUAACUCUUUUGAAAACUCCCUCUUUAACAAAAAUACUAAGUUGAUGGUCUCUCUUAAAAAAAAAAAAAGGCCAAGUAAGGGAAUAUAUAACUUCAGAGUUAUCAAAUAUGUUUAUCCCCCUUACAUGUCAAAGUUUAAGUGCUGUGUUUUGUAUAUACAGUCAUCAUGAUAUUUGAAAAGGCCAUAAAGAAAAACAAUUAUAUAAUUGUUUUUAAAGAACGCAGAAGCAAGGAUAAAAAGGCCUUUAGAAACUAGAGAACAGUAUUAACAAUUAUAGUACCUGAAGUCAAGCUGCAAAAUUCUGUCCUAAUUAUUGGGGAUGAUUAAUUAAGCGUAAAGUUACACGCCUUGAAAGAAUUUCAGAAUUAUUUUUCUUUGAUUUUUCUACCAAAAAAAAGGCCCACCCCAUCAUUUUCUAUUUUAGCAGUUUCCACAACUUAAACAUUAAAUUCUUAUUGUUUGAUUUCUGUUAUAUUAGUAGUGUGUGUUUUGCAAUUCUAAUCUUCACGUUUUUCUUUCUUUAUCACUGAAGUAGGCCUUUUGAAGCUGGGAAAUUUUUCAUAGCAAUAUUGACAGUGUUCACAUUUGCAUGAUGACAGCCAAGGAAUGGAGCAGUAAUUUUUGAAAUUGCAGAAGUAUUUAGAACACUGAUAAAAGCUGAAAUAUAUUUUUGAUGGAUUGAAGUUAAGCAUACAUGAUUUUUCCUGCUGUCAAAAGGCUCUGAAUUUAGUGAAUAUUUGCCUGCUGUGAGAAUGCAAGAUUAACAUCACAACCAUCACCCGGGCACCCAAACCCUGCAAUUUAAUAGCUUUUUAGGUUCUUUCCUUUUUCUAAACAGCAAUUAAUCUCAUUUUAGUACAAUUUUCUCGUUUCUGAAGUCGCUCAUUGAAUCGCUGUUUUGUUCAUAUUUGGCUUCAGCUCCUCUGCAUAGUCAUUAAAGUCCCAAUUAAUGUCACCUUUAGCUGAAGAGUACUCAUUUUUAUUGAGAAAAUGACAGUUGCUGCCAUGAGUAGUGCAGUGUAAUAUACAUUAAUUGCCCUGUAACACUGGUAAUUACGAGUUUUUCAAGCCUCUCAGUAAACUGUCAUGCCUAGACAAGACUGUGCUAAAAUAGAUUACUCAUUAGGGAGACCUGUCCUAUUUUCUGGUGAGUUCUUAGUGU